AAUGAAUUUCCNUGACAAGAAAGAAGAACCAAAAAAGGAAGAGCCUAAGAAGGAAGAGCCUAAAAAAGCUGAUGGCAAGAAAGAAGAACCAAAAAAGGAAGAGCCAAAGAAGGAAGAGCCUAAAAAGGCAGAUGACAAGAAAGAAGAACCAAAAAAAGAGGAGCCAAAGAAGGAUGAGCCUAAAAAAGCUGAUGAUAAGAAAGAAGAACCAAAAAAGGAAGAGCCAAAGAAGGAUGAGCCUAAAAAAGCAGAUGAUAAGAAAGAAGAACCAAAAAAGGAAGAGCCUAAAAAAGAAGAAAAAAAAGAUGAGAAAAAGGACGAAAAGAAAGAUGAGAAGAAAGACGAGAAGAAAGAUGAAAAGAAGGACGAGAAAAAAGACGAGAAGAAAGAUGAAAAGAAAGAUGAGAAAAAAGAUGAAAAGAAAGAUGAAAAGAAAGAUGAAAAGAAAGACGAGAAGAAAGAUGAGAAAAAAGACGAGAAAAAAGAUGAAAAGAAGGACGAGAAAAAAGAUGAGAAGAAAGAUGAAAAGAAAGAUGAGAAAAAAGAUGAAAAGAAAGAUGAAAAGAAGGAUGAGAAGAAAGACGAGAAGAAAGACGAGAAGAAAGAUGAGAAGAAAGACGAGAAAAAAGACGAGAAGAAAGAUGAGAAGAAAGACGAGAAAAAAGAUGAAAAGAAGGAUGAGAAGAAAGACGAGAAAAAAGAUGAAAAGAAGGAUGAAAAGAAAAAGGAUGAACCUAAAUAGAGCCCUGAAGAAAAGAAGUUUAGAUCAUGCAUUGAAGAUAAAUGUGGAUCAUAAGCUAAAGCAUGUGACAAACAAUGCAAUUCAAAAUUAGAAUAAUGCAAGAAUGUAGUUUAUGUUGCUGGAUACUAAGCUGUAAGACUAUUAAAAUAAUUUUUUAGUAUUUGGAUUGCAUCAAUGAAAGUAAGCCUGCAGUUGCCCUACUUGAGUGUGUUUAAUCUAAAUGCUUGGAGUGAA